CUCCCUCAGUGAGCUCUGCUGACCUGUAUUAGCACCCAGAAGGGACAGUGGAGGUGCAUGCGGCAGGGCACUCAGCACUUCUUUCUCCCCGCAGGCCCCCUGCUGACUCCCCAGACACUGCUGGUGCGCCUGUUGGUGGUGGCAGGGAGCCCUUUUGCAGGCAGUGAACUCCAAGCCGCUGCCUUGCUGCUCAUGCGAAACCUCCACAGCAGGAUUCACAGAGCUGUGGGGGCCAUGUGGGCAGCUGAGAUCCCCCUGCUGCUGCAGUGCCUUGAAGGGAAAUCGGAGAGCUUCCCGGACUCUGCAGAGUGGGAGCACCAUCUGCUAAAGGUACAGCAUUGCCAGGAGGCAUGGUGCAGAGAAGUGCUUGCCUGCCUAAAG